ACAGAAGGCUCAAUGAUGGCUACGUUUGUUAUCUCUGUUUGUACGUUUUCUUUGAUGGUACUACUCUUAAACACAGUGCAUUCCACGAUUUUGGGAAAUAAUUAUGAACCGAACUUGAGAAGAAACAAUAUAAGGUCAACAGGCCUUGAUGGUAUGUUCAGUCAAAGCGAUUUUACUUCGGCAAGUAAAAGGAGGACGCAGGCGGUGGAAAACAAACGCAGACGAGUGAGAGAUGCAACGGAUUCGAAAUGCAGUAUUCCUGAGGAACAGAUGAUUGCGCUAUCUGACCCAAGUCAUACGAGUUUUUACACGUUCAAUGACAGCAACUUCAAUCUAGCUAUGAUAUGGACUGGACCAGAUGGCAAGGAACUGAUGGCCCUGACAACUAUGGAAUACACUUUUUAUUCUGCACAAUCUCACCUUUGGAUAAGCAACAACUUUGGAAGGUCUUUCACCAGCAUCAAUCAUCUCAUAGAAGGAGCCAUCAUCAGGGCUACAGAUGGAAUAUUCAAGAGUUCCAUUGAUCCUCAAAGAGUAAUUCUUGUAUCAUAUAUGCCAGAUAUGAGCAAGACAGAGACACGUUUAUACGGAACUUUGAAUGGCGGUAAAAAAUUUACCAAAUCAAUUGCUCCUUUUUAUCUUGAUGGGUCAAUAGUUUUUCACAACACGGAUGCAAACAGGCUACUGGCACAUUCACCCUAUCAGCAGUUCAAACUGUGGGUGUCUAAUGACUUUGGCAUACAUUGGAAGGAUGUGCAGAGAAAUGUCUUGUCCUACGCCUGGGGAUCAAAAGAAAUGGAGCCAGGUGUCUUAUUUGCAGUUGUCUCGUCUGGGAGCACAGGGUCAGUGACUCAGAGGUUAAUGAGAUCAACGGACUAUGGGGAAUCUUUCCUUGCAAUGAAAGAGAACGUGUACAGCUUUGGUGUUCAGGGGAAUUUUGUAUUUGCAGCAAUGGACGGAGGAAAGAAAAAUGAAGAAAGAGUACUUUAUGUAUCUAAGGAUGAUGGUGAGACUUGGAACCCUACUCAGCUCCCUGUCAUCACCAUUAACCAGUUCUUUUCAGUGUUGGACAUGAAUGAAGGCAUGCUAUUUAUUCAUGUUGAUGAUGAAGGAGGCACAGGGUCUGGAACUUUGUAUACCUCUGAUGCUGAUGGGAUUGUGUUUUCUGUAUCACUCAAGAAACACCUGUAUGCUGAGAGGUCUGCCACGACAGAUUUUUACCGUGUAACCUCAAUGCGUGGUGUGUACUUGGCAAGCCAGGUUGGAGAUGAUCUUUCAAUUCAUACAAAUAUUACAUUUGACCGUGGCGGCAUCUGGCAUCCUGUGAAGGCUCCUGAAGGCUCUGUAUGUAAAAACUCAGCAACGUCAUGCAAUCUGCAGAUACACAAUCGUUACAGCCAGACCGAAGGGUUGAAUGUUCCAUCCAGCCCACUCAGCCAGCAAAAUGCUGUUGGACUUAUUUUGGCACAUGGAAAUGUUGCUGAUGCCUUGGAAACACAUCCUCCGGAUGUUUUUGUUUCCAAUGAUGGUGGUUACAACUGGACUAAAGCCUUAGCUGGUCCCCAUCACUACACUUUAACAAAUAAUGGAGGUCUUUUGCUGGCCAUAUCUGCAGAACAGGAUGUUACUAAUAUCAUAAAGUUCUCAUAUGACGAAGGUCACUGUUGGAAUGAAUAUCAAUUUAUUAAAGAACCAUUCAGCAUCACAGGACUAUUACCAGAGCCUAGCACAAACUCUCUAAAUGUGAGCAUUUGGGGAUUUGGAGUGGAAGACAGAAGAUGGAGGAUUGUUACCAUUGACUUCAGUGCCGUACUUAAAAAUGAAUGUACAGAAGCUGAUUUUGUUGAAUGGGUUCCUCAUCUGUCGAACAAUAACAAAGGUUGUCUACUUGGAUUAAAUGAAACAUUUGAAAGAGUAAAGCCUGAUUCUCUGUGUCACCUGAACUAUAUACACCGGCCCAAAGCCAAAGUGUCUGAUCCCUGUCUCUGUACCAAGGAUGAUUAUGAGUGUGACUUUGGUUUUAGUCGCAAAGGUGAAAGUGAAGAAUGUGAGGUGAGUGCUGAUGUUAACCCCUCUCAGCUGGAUGUCUGCAUUAAUGGUGUCAAAGAGAAGAUCAGUACGUGGGGAUAUCGUAAAAUUCCUGGAGAUAAGUGCGUAAAAGGUUUUCAGCCAGUCAGAAGUAUGGAUAAUCUACAGCAGCAGUGUACAAAUGGUCUUGAAUCAAAUUUGUCUGUGGAACAGCAAGAUGGUCAUGAGGUGAGGACAGCAACCAUUGUCAUGAUUCUACUAGCAGUUACUUUCUUCUCUGGGAUACUUCUUUUCCUGCUGUACAGACAUGGCAAACUCCCUUGCACCAAGCCAAGUUUGCCAUCUUACCGCUACUCCCAGCUUAGUAGAGAAGACAGUGUGGACAAAAUGGUUAAUUUAGAAUCACAUCCAACAUAUCAUGACUCCUCAGAUGAGGAGAUGCUUGAGUAAUCAGCACAGUCAGCAGGAAAGCUUGAGGGAAAAUUGUGGAGGAGUGUAGCCGUGAGUCUUCCUUUUAGUUGUCAGAUAUGCAACAGUACUAACGUUUUCUUCAUGUGUAUGGCUAUAGCUGUAACAACCACUAGGAAUCAUUUAAUUAUGAAGGUACAUGUAUAUUAGUUAUCACUGGUUGGGAAGGUUGAUCUGAUAUUUGUUUCAAAUAAAUAGUUAAAUUUUAAUUAAAUUCAACAUUGCUAAUUCAGUGUUGUACGUAGGUUUUUGAUGGGGGGAACAGGGAUUCUUUAUGUCCACAUUUUUUCAGCAGUGAAAGAAUCUUUUAUAUAACAGGUUUUGCCCUUACCCAACGUAUAUUAAUAAGCACUGUAUGCUCAGUGCUU